AUGUCCUCCAAGGCUGCUCUGAAGGCUAUCAAGUCUUCGCUGGACGCAGGACAGUAUGCCAAGGCGGCGGAACAGGCCGAAGAAUUCCUGAAACAAGAUGAGCGGAACCACACAGCAUUGCUCUUUCUUGGAUUCGCAAAGGAGAAGGUCGGAGACCUAGAGGCAGCAGAAAAGGCCAUUCGCAGAGCUGCCGAGGUCAAGCCCCAGGAUGUUCAAGCCUACAAAGGCCUGAUCACACUGUACGAGAAACAAGGCAAUGCCAAGCUGGACCAGUAUCAUGAAGUGGUCUUCAAGUUGGCAGAGAUCUAUGCUCAGCAGGAGGAUAGAGCGCAAUGCCAAACUGUCAUUGACAAGUACGAACUUUUCGCAAAGAAGCAUGGCAGUCGUUCUCAGUAUCGGCGAGCAUUGGAGCUCAUUCUCCCCACGUCACCACUUUAUCCAACUCUCGAAGGCCGAGUCAUGCAACCGAACAUUACAUAUCAGCGCAUCCUCGAGUCAGCCGAAGCGGAAGAAAAGGAAUGGAUCAAUACCCAGAUCGGCGAAAGACGAACGCGACUCGGCGCAAAAAUCGAUCAGGUUACCAGACAAGUAAAGGCAGAAGCCGUCACGAAGUUUCAAAUCGAAGAGAAAUACGCCAAUUUGAUCGACUGGACCAGAGACGACGAUGCGCGCCACGACCUCGAGCAGAAGCUGUUCCAACGAAUGUAUGAUAAUUUGCAGGUCCUGCCCAAAGACGCCAAACCUGGGCAGCGGGACAAGAUUUUGGACAUGGCUAACGGCAUGGUCAUUAUCAAACUGCGCUGUCUCCUAGCAUGGAAAGUCGCAUUAGAAUGGGUGGAUGCCGAGGACUUAGCAGAGUGGGAUGUGAAUAUUUUCCGCGAAUUCAUUGAGUUCUUUCCCAAUGAUGGUCUAAGCAAGGUGCUACGCGGAUUUCUCGAGAGCAAAGCGUCUCCUUUCCCACAACCGCCAGUCGAAGAAGGCGAAACCGACGAGACACGCGAGAAACUGACCGAGGCGGAUCAGCUUAUUCUCAUGAACGAAGGUCUCGAGGAUUGUCCAGAAUCCAUGUUAGGUCACCGUAUCAUGGCCUACACUUAUCUACAUUUCGAAGAUUGGCAGUCUACCGUUGAUGCAGCAAGGAAAGCUCAGACCCUAUAUCGGACCGCAGAGCAGCAAUACGCUCUGGAUCUACAGAAUAGCGUUGACGGCGUGAACCUGAUUCUUGCCAAGGCGUUAAUCACCUUCCAGUCUCCUCGCCAUCAUCCCGAAGCAAAGGCCCUGUUUCAAGAUAUCCUGAACCGAAAGCCUAAACUCACACCUGCCUUGUUAGGUAUAGGCUUGAUAUUCGAAGAAGAUGAAGACUAUGCCGAAGCUGUCAGAUUCUUACAGCAGGCUGCUGAACGCGAUCCCGAUAACGUCAGGAUCAAGCUCGAGCUUGCCUGGUGUCGUGCUCAGAAUGGCGAACUCGAAACUGGCCUCGACAGCCUCAAAGAGGUCCUAUCGGUCAUCGAAUCAGAAAAGAGCCAGGACCUACCCAUGAAAUCAGUUGCAUUGUACCGGAUGGCUUAUUGCAUGUGGCACAUCAACCCAGCCCCUUCUGCACGCAAAGACAAAUCCGGACCGUACCAAUACCUCAUUGCCUCAGUCAAGGCCAACCCGAGCUAUGCUCCGGCAUAUACAUUGCUAGGCGUCUAUUUCCAGGACUACGGCAAGAGCAAGCAACGGGCUCGAGUCGCACUUCAGAAGGCUUUCGAACUGUCGACCUCAGAGCUCGAAGCCGCACACAGGCUCGCCAAAUCGUUCGCUAACUCUGGGGAGUGGGACUUGGUCGAACUGGUCGCACAACGGGUGGUGUCUUCGGGCAAAGCCAGACCAGCGCCGGGAUCGAAGAAGAAAGCCCACAGCUGGCCUUAUGCAGCGUUGGGUGUCGUGCAAAUGAACAAGCAGCACUAUUCCCAAAGCAUCGUUUCCUUCCAGGCCGCUCUACGCAUUUCACCAGACGACUACUACUCCUGGGUUGGUCUGGGUGAAAGCUACCAUAACGCUGGUCGACAUGUGGCUGCCACAAAAGCCUUUGCGAAAGCUGAGAGCAUCAGUCACGGGCUGUCACCGGAGGAGACGUGGUUUGCAAAAUAUAUGCUCGCCAAUGUCCAACGCGAAAUGGGGUUCUUCGACGAAGCAAUUGGAGCAUAUAAAGCCGUCCUCGUGCUCAAGCCCGGCGAGUUUGGUGUUUUGAUCUCGCUACUUCAGACCAUUUCCGAAAGUGCGUGGGCCAAAGUUGGUCUCGGUAUGUAUGGCGAGGCAGCUCGGCUCGCAUGCCAGGCCUUUGAGGUUGCGGCCGAGAUCACUGAGCACAGAACGGACUUUUUCAAUUUGUGGAAAUCAGUGGGUGAUUCUUGUUCUGUUCUCGGCCACGUGAAGCUCCAUGCCGCUGUCACAGAUUUGGAGGGCGUUUCCAAGUUGCUUGGAGAUUCUAGUGAGAACGGUUCUAGUAUUCUUGCAGACGUGGACAAAAUCAGUCCCGACAUGUUGAGACCCAGUGAUGAAGGAGACAGUCCCUCUGACGCGGCCGACAGAUGGCUCGUUGCUGCUGUUCUUUCCUACAAACGUGCCAUCUAUGCUUCUACAACCGACCCACACGCCCAGGCUGUGGCUUGGUACAACUUGGGUUGGGCAGAAUAUUCCACCUAUAUAUCUGGCGGCGAGGUGAUUAGAUCAAACGGGAAGAAGCCUCCAAACAGACUACUCAAAGCAGCGAUAAAAUGCUUCAAAAGAGCCAUCGAGCUAGAGGCUGGCAACUCGGAGUUCUGGAAUGCCCUGGGAGUGGUCACCAUGACACUUAAUCCAGCAGUAUCGCAGCACUCUUUUGUUCGAAGUCUGCAUCUGAAUGAACAUAGUGCCAGGACGUGGACGAACCUCGGUGUUCUUUAUCUCAUCAACAACGAUAACCAACUCGCCAACGAAGCGUUCACGCGAGGCCAAUCUGAGGAUCCAGAGUACGCAGAAGCAUGGAUCGGACAGGGGCUAUUGGCAAUGCUCUUCGGAAACCUUCAAGAAGCAAGAGGAUUGUUCACGCACGCUUUCGAGAUCGCAGAUGCAGCCUCGUUGCCUGCAAGACGCCAUUUUGCUAUUUCUGCUUUCGACCAUCUGCUCAAGGAUCCCUCACGGUGUCAGGAAGUCGGGGCCUUAUUGCAGCCCCUGUUCGCUAUGCGUCAAUACCACACGCAGCAGCCAUCGGACAUGAUUGCAACGCAUCUCCUAGCACUGCUAGCCGAGCGUGUGGGCGAUUACGACACCAGCGCGGAAAGUCUGGUUGAGGUCUGCAAUGCAGCGGAAGCUGAAUACGAAAAGUCCGAAUCAAAUGAAUACCUCGUCAGAUAUGCUCAGGCAAAGGCAGAUCUCGCUCGGUCUCAGCUCGCCUGCGGUCAAUACUCAGAGGCUGUGGAUAACGCGCAAACUGCUCUGGAUCUCUCGGGCGAUGCAGAUGAACUUGGCGCCGCUUAUGCAGAGGUUCGGCGGAAAUGGAGGCUGUCGUCACAGAUUACCGCAGGUCUGGCAUACAGCAAGUUGCAGCAAAUCGACAACGCCAUUGGAAUGUUUGAGGCAGCGCUACAAGAGUCCCAGGGGGAGCCUGAUAUUGUCUGUCUACUCGCCCAGGUUCUAUGGGCAAAAGGUGGCCCGGCGGAGAAAGACGCAGCCAGAUCGCAGCUCUUCGAUGUUGUCGAGAACCAUCCUGGUCACGUGCAAGCCAUGGCACUCCUCGCCGUGAUUGGAUUACUGGACAACGACGAUGAUGUUCUGGAAGCAGUGGAGGAGGACCUAAAAGCGCUCAGACGUGGUGAGGAAAUUGGUGUUCUGGAUAAAGUUCGAGUGACGAGGAUUUUGACUGCUAUUGUUGGCUUUCGGUCAGGCGACCAGAAGGUGGAUCAGCAAGCAGUCCUUGCGGAUGCUCUUAAUGGGAUCAUGCUAGCGCCAGGACAACCGCAAGGCUGGCUGGAACUGGCGCAGGCUGUUGGUGGCGAAGAUGGAGGUGAUUAUGCCGCGGCGAUGGCUGUCCUUCAGGCUGAGAGACAGACACCGCCCGCUGGUAAUCUCUCUGCGAGCGAUCUGGCCAGAGCGUACGAGGGCACUGGUGCACAAGAGGAUCUUCUUAAGGCGAAGAUGCUGACACCAUGGCGGUUGGAGAUUGCUGUUGAUGCCUCUUAA